UUUUUGACGAUUUUUAAUUUCCUCUAUGCCAUCAUGAUUCUCAUAAAUCUUUCAGUUUUCUCUUUCACGCUUAUUAGAAGCAUUUCUUUUAUUACUUCGCUGAUAAUAUACCUGGCAAUGAAUUGUGUCAUUUUAAAAUUUUUUAAAAAAUGGAUGAAAAAUCCUCUUUCAUAUUUACUUAUUUACUUAUUUACUCAUUUAUUUAUUUGUUUAUAUGCUUCCCUUAUUUACUCAUUUAUUUAUUUGUUUAUAUGCUUCCCUUAUUUACUCAUUUAUUUAUUUGUUUAUUUAUUUAUAUGCUUUCCUUAUUUGCUCAUUUAUUUAUUUGUUUAUUUAGUUAUAUCCUUCCUUUAUUUACUCAUUUAUUUAUUUGUUUAUUUGUUUAUAUGCUUCCCUUAUUUACUUAUUGUAUGCCAUCAUUUUUUGUUUUUUUUUCUCAAGCGAAAUGAUUUGUUUUAUCUCAAUGAUAAACAA